AUGAAUAUUAUUUGGGGAGUUUUGAGUUACAUAUUUUUUAAUUACUACAUAUUUAAAGGAUGUUAUUAUUUUGUAUACUCUUUAAAGAUAUAUAAUUUUCAAAAAGAUAAAAUAAUAAAACAAAAAGGAAUUAAUUUAGAUGAUAGACCUUUAUAUCGGAAUGGGAAAUUUGUUUGCACACAGAAUAAUAUUAAGGACAAUAAAUUGUGUAAAAAAAAGGAAGAAAAAAAAAAAAAAAAAUUCCAAUUUAUUUAUACUAAUUUUAAAUCAAAUAAAAAGGAUGAAAAUAUUUCUCAAAAAAAUAUUAUUUUUCCUUUGUUAAAUUAUUUUAUUAAAUCUACAAAUGAUACUAAUAAAAGAUGUUGUAUAAAAUCUAUUUAUAAUGAUGAAAAAAAUGAAGAAUAUAUUAACGUUAAUAAUUUAGACAAAAUAAAAAAAUAUGAAAAAAAUAUAAAUAAAAAAAAUAUACAUUCUAUAUUUUUAUGUGGUGGAAUUGGAAAAAGAACUAAAUUAGCAUCAAGAAAGCAAUUUUUACAUUUAGACAAUAUUCCUCUUUUUAUAUAUUCAUUUAAUUUAUUUAUAAAAUGCAAUUACAUAAAAUCAAUAAGUUUAGUUUGUGAUUCAACAUUUUUUCCACAUGUCAUUAAAAGUAUUAAUAAAUAUAAUUCUUUAUUAUUAAAAAAAAAAAUUAAAAAUAAUUUUCUUAAAACAAUUAAUGAUCAUAUAUUAGAAAAGAAAAAUAAUUUAACGGAAAUAAAUACUGAGCAUGGCCAAGAUCCCAAUAUCUCUUUAAAUUUGGAUAAAAUAAAAGAUGAACAAAAUGAAGUGCUAACUGAACAUAAUGAAGUGCAAACUGAACAGAAUGAAGUGCUAACUGAACAGAAUGAAGUGCAAACUGAACAGAAUGAAGUGCUAACUGAACAGAAUGAAGUGCAAACUGAACAGAAUGAAGCACAUAUUUUGAAUUAUAUAAAAGAAAAUAAAUAUAUAAUAUAUGAUAAUGAAAAAAACAAGUGUAUUUUUGAUAUGGAAGAAAUAUUAAAUAAUUUAAAAGAAAAAAAUGUUAAUAAAAAAAAAUAUAAAAUAAAACCAAAAGACAUUGAUACAAAUAGAUAUAAACUAAUAACCAUUGUAGAUAGUGGAAAUGAACGAAUAGACUCUUUUUUAAAUGCUCUUAAAUUUUUAAAUAUAUAUGAAAAUAAUCAAGAAUAUAUUUAUAAUGUUUUAGAAAAUUAUUGGAAAAAUAAUCCUCAUUUAAAUUCGAAGUUUAAUAUCGAAUUCGGUUAUAACUGUUCACUUAAGGGAGACAAAUUGAAAAAAAAAAAAAAAAAAAAUGAUCAAGAUGGGAAUGGGAAUGGUGAAGAUGAAAAUGAUGGAGAUGCAAAUUAUAAAAAUGUUGAAGAUGAAAGCCUUGGUAAAAAAAAAAAAAAAAAAAAAUAUAUUACGGACAUAUUAAUUCAUGAUGGAGCCCGCCCCUUUCUUUCAGAAUUUGAUUUUUUUAAUUUAGUGUAUCAAUCAAGUUUAGGAAAAAAUGUUAUUUUAGGAACAAAAGCAACAGAUACCAUAAAAUUAUUAAAAAAUAAUAAAAAAGAAAAAGAUGAAUAUACAUCAAUAAAAAAAAAUAUAGAUCGAAAAAUAAUAUUUCAGGCUCAAACCCCACAAAUAUUUGAAAGCAAAACCUUAUUAAACAUUUUACAAUAUUUUAUAUCUCCUUCAAAUUAUAUAACUACAAAUAGUAAUAAAUCAGUUAACAAAAAUAAGCAAUUAAAAAAUACAUCACAAUUUACAGAUACAUCUUCUAUAGUUCAAUAUUUUACUAAAAAUAAAAUCACAAUAUUGCAAGCAACAUUUCCAAAUUUUAAAAUAACAAAUCCUACAGAUGUUUUUCAAUCUGUUUUUUUUAUGAAAUAUAUUUAUAAUAAUAAUGCAAGCAAUGAUAUUUAUCGCAGUUUAUUUAAAGACGAAUAUAUCAAUUCUGAUUCGAGCUAUAUAUUAACAAACCAAUUUAACAAUUUCUUUUUUUAUAAUUCUCUAAAUAAAAAACAAAAAAUUCUCUAUCAACGUUUUUACUAUAGGCAUCUCUCUAACGACGCACUGCGCCAGAUUUGA